AUGGAGUUAGAAGACGUGGAGAUGUACGGUAACGACAAUUACUCAUUCGACCACAACGGAACCUUCAACGGUACCUAUGAAAACUGUCCCAAUAUGAACCUACCCGUCGUGUACGUCGUGACUCAGAUAUUGUACGCCAUUGUGUGUGUCGUAGGCCUCCUUGGAAAUACGCUCGUUAUAUAUGUCGUCCUUCGGUAUUCGAAAAUGCAAACUGUCACCAAUAUGUACAUCGUAAACUUGGCGAUAGCUGACGAAUGUUUCCUUAUAGGAAUCCCAUUCCUAAUUGUCACGAUGUCCCUGCGCGCAUGGCCGUUCGGAAGAUUUAUGUGCAAGGCGUACAUGAUAUCUACUGGGAUCAACCAAUUUACGAGCAGUAUAUUCCUCUGCAUCAUGAGCGCUGACAGAUACAUAGCAGUGUGUCAUCCUAUAGAUGCACCUCGUCUUAGGACACCAUUCAUAUCUCGAAUAGUUUCUGCAGCCGCCUGGACAGCUUCAGCUCUAGUUAUGACACCUAUUUUUAUGUAUACCACUCUAAUACAAACUGAAAAUGGACUGUCAUGUAAUAUAGUAUGGCCUGAAAGAGAAUUCAAUAAAGGGCAGGCAUCCUUCACCUUGUAUUCCUUUGCACUGGGUUUUGCAUCACCAUUGACCCUCAUAUUUGUCUUCUAUUGCCUUGUUAUAAAAAAACUGAAGACAGUCGGCCCAAAGAAUAAAUCGAAAGAAAAGAAACGGUCUCACAGAAAAGUGACUAAAUUAGUAUUGACGGUUAUAGCAGUAUAUGUUCUAUGUUGGUUACCGUAUUGGGCUUUUCAAGUAGCUCUCAUUUAUUCACCACCGACGGAGUGCGCCAGUCGUAUUACAAUUACUGUAUUUCUCGUAGCAGCCUGCUUUAGUUAUAGCAACUCAGCCAUGAAUCCUAUACUCUACGCUUUUUUAUCGGAUAACUUUAAAAAGAGUUUCUUAAAGGCCUGCACUUGUGCAGCAGGUAAGGAUGACAAUGCGACUUUACAUGUUGAGAAUAGUGUAAUACCAAGAAAAAAAGGUGGAUGUGCAGCUCGAGCUCAAACUCGUGCUUUAGCGGAAAAGCGUGGACUAACUGGCCCUGGCGACGGUGCUGGCGGAUCACGGUCGGAAGCAUCCACAGCAAUGACGUCCAGAUCAGUCGCUGCCAGUGAAGCACUUAACAUGGACACGAGACCAUCAACGCUGGCGCCACUUAUAGCACCAAACGGUGUUUCUCAUUCACGUAUUUGAGUGCGGGCCUCGCGCAAGUGUCGCGAGCCCUCGGCCACAGUGGCGGAAGAGGACACUUUAAUUGUUUCAAUAGAUUAGGUUAUAAAGACUGGUAUAUCGGUGUGACUCUUUCUGACAGCUGAGCGUGACAAGAGCCCUGUCCUCUCACCUGUCGGUUUUACGGUGUUUUAGUAUAAGAUUUUAUCAUUAUGGUUUAUAUUCUACAAUGAUCAAUGUAAUGUAUGGACCUGAGUAUACGAGUACAAGUUUCUGGUAGGUUAUUGUUCAUAAAUGGUCGUCUUAAUUGUAUCUUGUAAAAUGUUCGUGCGAUGGAUUAAAAGAUGUUAUUUGGCCUAGGGUUGUAACGAAGAAUUUAUUAAUAUUUAGGUAGUUUAUCGCAUGGCGAACAUUUAAUUUGUAUACCAUGAUUAUUGUUCAUUGUAUAAUUGUACAUAUCCUGUAAAUAAUUAAAUAUUCACACAAUUGUCAUAAUGUAACACUAAAAUAUAAUGAUACGUCAAUAAAUAAAUUUUCUUAUUUGAAA